UUGCAGGAACUUGGCACAGAUACGAACCUGUAUGCCUUGGUUUUUGGAGAAUCUGUUUUAAAUGAUGCGAUGGCAAUAUCCUUGUACAGGACAAUGUCUCUAGUGAGAAGUCAUGCGCCAUCUGGGGAAAAUUUCUUUCUGGUGGUCGUCAGGUUUCUUGAGACCUUUGUUGGCUCAAUGUCUGCAGGUGUUGGAGUUGGAUUUACUUCUGCUUUGCUUUUCAAGUAUGCUGGUCUGGAUAUUGAUAACCUGCAGAACUUGGAGUGCUGUCUCGUUGUUCUUUUUCCCUAUUUCUCGUACAUGCUUGCAGAAGGCCUUGGGCUCUCUGGUAUUGUAUCAAUAUUGUUCACUGGAAUUGUCAUGAAGCGUUAUACAUACUCAAAUUUGUCAGAAAAUUCUCAGCGAUUUGUAUCGGCAUUUUUCCACUUGAUAUCAUCAUUGGCCGAGACAUUUGUAUUUAUUUACAUGGGCUUCGAUAUUGCCAUGGAGCAGCAUAGUUGGUCUCAUGUUGGAUUCAUCUUUUUCUCAAUUUUAUUCAUUAUAGUUGCAAGGGCAGUAAAUGUUUUUUCUUGUGCAUAUUUGGUUAAUUUGGUUCGACCUGCGCACAGAAAAAUUCCUGUGAAACAUCAAAAAGCUCUUUGGUAUAGUGGACUUCGUGGUGCUAUGGCGUUUGCUCUUGCUUUGCAGUCAGUUCAUGAUCUCCCAGAAGGACAUGGCCAGACUAUAUUCACAGCCACCACUGCCAUAGUUGUUUUGACGGUAUUACUAAUUGGAGGUUCAACUGGUACCAUGUUGGAAGCUUUACAAGUUGUAGGUGAUGGCCAUGAUAUCCCUAUGGGUGAAAACUACGAGGGUAAUAACGGUUAUGUUGCUCCUACUUUUGAUGAUGAUUCUUUUAAUGAGGGAUCAUCAUCAGGGAACCGGUUCAAGAUGAAACUUAAAGAAUUCCACAAGAGCGCGGCAUCAUUCACAGCAUUAGAUAGGAAUUAUCUGACCCCCUUCUUUACAAGUCAAAAUGGAGAUGAAGAUGAAGAUGAUGAGUCAACGCCCAUUGCUAGAAGCAGCAGCUUCCGUGGCUAAGUUGAAGAAGAAUUAUACUAGUAUGAAACAAGACGGGCUAACUGUGUAGAUAACAUAGGGGAUGAUUGUGGUACAAUGCGACUUGCUAAUUGGUAGAAAAGUAGUUUGAAAGCUUGAAUUAGAGCUACGCACAUAUUACUGUGGAGGCAAAGUCCAUGCUCGACUACAUUGCCAAAAUACAUUCACUUGGUCAGUCAUACAAGUUCCAUGUCCAAGUACUACCACACUGAGAUUAUUGUACAAGAUCUAGUAAAUAUACAAUAUUAUUUUUGCCUACUAUAUUCACCCACACGAUGUAACACAUAUAAAGAGGUUCCAUUGUCUGCAUUUUAUGUUUUUAA